GGGAAGUCCCUUUUCGUGGCCCCAGCCCUCGAGAGGGCCCCCAUCCCCGCCCCGCCUUCAGCCCGCCCGCGCGAGAUCCCUAGACAGCCAGCUCCACCCAGCCCCAGACCCUCCAUUCUGCAGCUGUCUCCCUCGCUUCAAAACUGCAGACGCCACGGGCAGAGGUGUGAUCUGACCGGUCCUUUCCAGGUGUGAGGACUCGAUCCGCCGCCGCAGCCGGAUCUCUUUUUCCUUCUGAUCCUCAGCCAAGACCGCUGCCACCAUGCCGGUAUCGGUGACCCGCACAACCAUAACGACCACGACGACGUCGUCGUCCUCCACCAUCGUGGGGUCCCCUAGGGCGCUCACACAGCCCCUGGGCCUCCUCCGGCUGCUGCAGCUGAUCUCCACCUGUGUGGCUUUCUCGCUGGUGGCCAGCGUGGGUGCCUGGACGGGGCCCAUGGGUAACUGGUCCAUGUUCACCUGGUGCUUCUGCUUUGCAGUGACUUUCAUCAUCCUCAUCGUGGAGUUAGGCGGGCUCCAGGCCCGCUUCCCCCUGUCUUGGCGUAACUUCCCCAUCACCUACGCCUGCUACGCCGCUCUCUUCUGCCUGUCGGCCUCCAUCAUCUACCCCACCACCUACGUGCAGUUCAUGUCCCACGGACGGUCCCGGGACCACGCCAUCGCCGCCACCACCUUCUCGUGCAUCGCGUGUCUGGCUUACGCCACCGAAGUGGCCUGGACCCGGGCGAGGCCUGGCGAGAUCACUGGCUACAUGGCCACCGUGCCGGGACUGCUCAAGGUGUUUGAGACCUUCGUCGCUUGCGUCAUCUUCGCCUUCAUCAGCGACCCGCACAUCUACCAGCGCGAGCCGGCCCUGGAGUGGUGCGUGGCGGUGUACGCCAUCUGCUUCAUCCUGGCCGCGGUGGCCAUCCUGCUGAACUUGGGGGAUUGUACCAACAUGCUCCCCAUCCCCUUCCCCAGCUUCCUGUCGGGUCUGGCCUUCCUGUCUGUCCUCAUGUACGCCACUGCCAUUGUCCUCUGGCCCCUGUACCAGUUCGACGAGAGGUAUGGUGGCCUUUCCCGGAGGUCGAGGGAUGUGGGCUGCACGUACAGACACCCCCACUCCGUGUGCGGCUGGGACCGCCGGCUGGCCGUGUCCAUCCUGACCGGGGUCAACCUGCUGGCCUAUGUGUUUGACCUGGUGUACUCUGCCCGGCUGGUGUUCGUCAAGGUCUAAGACUCACAGAGGGGGGCUCCCGUGUCCCCGCUUCUAACCUCUUCAUUCUUCUGGAAGUUCUGGUACUGAAUCCUCUUUUCCCUGACUUCCUCUUCCCCUUUGUAUUUUCUUCCUGUUCAUUCGCUGUUACCUUUCCCUGUCUUCCCUUUCCUCUUCCUCUUAUGGGUGCUUCUCCACACUCCUCUACUUAGUCUUUUCAUUUCCCCGAUCUCUGUUCUGGUUUUCCAACCAGUUUUGGCAUCUGCCUGUUUUCUGACCACAUCUGCCUGUUCCCCCUGCCCCUUUUGGGAGCCCUCAAGACUUCUUGCUCUGUCUUUCCCCCCCACCCCACCUCCAAAGGUGCUGGCCCCACACAUCCCACACCCCUUUGCAGUUCUUCAUGAUGCCCUGGGCCUUCCAAGGGGCCUCAUUGCCAAAGCAUGCCUGCCUGCCUUAGCUGUGCCUUAGUAUGUGUGUGUGUAUAUGUGUGUGUGUUAGGGGGAGUGGGCCGUUAGAGAUAGGGUCCUUUCUAUGGAGGAGGAGUACACAGUACACCCCCCCCCUUUAAGUUAAAAAUAUCUGGAGGUAAUAAUUCCUAGUGGGCCAGAGGCUGUAAGUACAGACCCUGGAUCCCUGUGCCCUGCCUAGCACGCAGCUUUGCCUGAGAUUGGCGCCAUGAUUUUUUGCCAUAAUACAAAGGAAAAACAAAACAAAACAAAACACUGCCUAGAGGUUAUCCUAAGUGAAGGAACCAAAGGAAAGAUAGAUACCUUUUCUUUUAUUCUUUCAUUCUUUCUCUGCUAGCCAGAAAAAAGUGGGGGAGGGGGGACAAAACACGUGGACUUGAAGCUGGGUGUGGUGGUGGCGCACACCUUUAAUCCC